AUGCCUGCUGAUUUAGUGCCUAUUCCAACCGCAUGCUCUCACUUGCAUACAAGGCACACCGUCGUUGGCAUUGUUGUUGACAAGCUGGAUCCCUAUCACAGUCGAGGAUCAUCAGCAUGUGUUACUUUCACACUAAAAGACUCGGAUUUUGAUCUCCCAUCUCAUAGUGGUGGACUUAAAGUUAAGUACUUCAAUGACGAUACGAAUGAACUUCCCGCUGUGGAUGUCAAUGAUGUAGUUCUGCUACGAGGAAUUAAAGUCAAUGGCUGGAAUGGCAAGCCUGUUGGUGUCGCCUCACAAUAUGAAAAGAUCUAUUGGGCAAUAUUCCGACCACAUAAAGAUCCAACUGCCAAUCUAACCAUCAUUACUGGCCCCGGCCAAUUUGAGCCAACAUCUCUAGAAAAGAGGAUAGCAAGAUCUCUGCUAGAACACGUUACAAGCCAGGACAACUUUGUGGUACCACCGCCGCCUAAGAAGACACCUAAAGCGAUUCAAGGAUCCAACGUGGUUCAAGCCUCUAUGCCAGCUAGAAACACGGGAGGCCUCCUUCCAAUUUCUCUCAUAAAAGACGUGCAACCAGGGAAACUUUGCCAGUUAAUUGGUCAGGUAGUGAGAGCAUACACCGCUGAAUUCGACAAAUGCACCCUCUACAUCACCGACUACACUGAAAAUGAACAGCUUGAGAAUAUUCUGAAAGAAGACGAUGAGAAUAUUGCUGAGGGUGACUCUUACGGCUACCUAUCCAGGAAAAGCAGAGGUUGGCCAGGCCCAUGGGGAAAAAUGUCACUACAGGUCACUCUAUGGGAACCUCAUGCCACCUUUGCACGAGCGCAUAUUAAGCCGGGAAACAUAGUCCACAUCACAUAUGCGCGAAUUAAGGAUGGUUUCAUGGGGUUAGAGGGCGUUAUUCAUCAAGACAGAAAUUUUUCGAGCAAAGUCCAUAUUGCUGUGGUCUUAAGCGAAUACAAUCAGCAUGCGCGAGACUUGAUGAACCGGCGCAAAGAAUACUGGAAGGAAAAUGGCUCCUCCAAGGAAGAUGUAGUCAUCGAAAAGAAGAAGAUCGCUCAAAAAGCCAGGAAGAUGCCAGAAAAAGAUGAGCAGAGAGAAGACGCACAAAUACACACCACAACCUCACUUCCAGGAAAAGUUUUACGGACGACACUCAAUCCAAGUAUUAAAAUCCGCGAGUAUGGAGCCACAGUUCGGUCAAUCGAGUCCAUCUUGUCCGCUGAGACCCAUUCCAUUAAUAUCCCUAGUGGAAUUACCUAUAAGCUCCCAUUUCAAAAUGUCUGCUACCAGGCUAAUGUCCGAGUGGUUGACUUUUUCCCUCCGAAAUUGGAAGAUUUCGCAGUACAGAUAGCUGAUAACCCCAUUGCUCAUCGUGGAUAUGACAGCCAGCCCAUGGUAUGGGAAUGGUGCUUCUGUCUUCUUGUUGAAGGAAUUGAUCCUAUGGUCUCCAGGGAAACCCCACGCGAUCAGAUGCGGCUUUACGUCUCUGGUGCAGAGGCUCAGCAUCUGCUACACCUUGACGCUGCGAAUCUCCGGCGCAAUCAACAACGGCUAGGAGAGCUCCGUGAGCAAUUGUUUCAUCUCUGGGGCAAUCUUGAGGAAUGCAAAAUGUCUGCAUCUGCUCGUGUUGGGAAAAAAGUAUCAUCUCUUCCCUUUCAGUGCUGCAUCAAAGAGUAUGGAGUCCAGUGUGACCAUGCAAAGGAUCCAGAUGGCAUGGAUGUCGACGGAGAACCUUGCGGCAAACAAGGUUGCUUUGGAUGGGAUAGACGAUUUGCCAUAUUUGGAACGCAAAUACGCGAGUAA